GACGUGUUCACACCUCGCACGCGUCAGAAGAAGGAGCGGGAGGAACAUUUCACCCCUGAACGAGCCGCGUGCAUGGUGCAGCGCGCUUACCGCCGGAAACGAGGCUUUCAGAACCUGCUGCGGCUUUGCCGAUCAGUCUACGAGCGGAUCUACGACCCAGAGCAAGGCAUGUACUACUACCACAACACCCGCACAAAGGAGACAACAUGGGAGAAGCCGCUGCUAUGGCGAGGCGCCAAUUCGGACGUGUUCACUCCUCGCACUCGCCAGAAGAAGCUGCAGUUGCUUAUGUCAGCGAUCAACGCUCCAGGAUCACGAAAGCCUCGCCAGUGGACGGAAGAGGAGGCGGCCACACGGCUGCAAGGACUGUACCGAGCCAAGAAAGCGAAGGAGGACCUGAAUUCGAGACUGGCGCAGCGGUUCAGGCAGGCGGUGGACCCGAGCUCC